AUGUCUGUGUUUCCUCUCUUCCUGCUGCAGCCCGCUCUGGCCUGGACCACCUUUCGUGUUGGACUGUACUGCGGCUUCUUCAUCAUCCUCGCCAUCGCCUUCAUUCUCUCUGGUGCUGUGUUCGUACGCUUUGAGAACAUUUGGCCUCUGGUGCGUAUCUACCGCGGCGGCUUCCUGUUGAUCCAGUUCCUCUUCCUGUUGGGCAUCAACACUUACGGAUGGCGGCAGGCCGGAGUCAACCACGUGCUCAUCUUCGAGAUCAACCCCCGAAACAACCUUUCCCACCAGCACCUGUUCGAGAUUGCGGGUUUCCUGGGAGUGUUGUGGUGCCUCAGCAUCCUCUCCUGCCUCUACUCGGACUACACUUACCUCCCCAUGCAGAUCAACCCGCUCAUCCUCUACGGCUUCAUGCUGCUCUUCCUCAUCAACCCCUUCAAGACCGGAUACUACAAGUCUCGCUUCUGGCUCCUCAAGCUGCUGUUCCGGGUGCUCACGGCUCCGUUCCACCGGGUGGAGUUUGCAGACUUCUGGCUGGCCGACCAGCUGAACUCUCUGGUGUUCGUCCUGAUGGACCUGGAGUAUCUCGUCUGUUACUACAUCUUCGAGCUGCAGUGGAGCAACAGCAGAGGGCUGCUGCCCCGCGACCAGGACUCUGGAGGUCAUGUGUGCCACAGCUACUCGUACGGGCUGCGCGCCGUCAUCCAGUGCCUGCCCGCCUGGUUCCGCUUCGUCCAGUGUUUGAGGCGCUACCGAGACACGAAGAGGGCGUUCCCCCACCUGGUGAACGCUGGGAAAUAUUCCACCACCUUCUUCGUCGUCACCUUCGCCGCGCUGUACGCCACGCACAGAGGUAGGUCACAAGAAACUGAAAAUAUAUAA